GGCCCCUGGGCAGCGAUGGCGGCGCCUCGCCGUUGCCUCGGUAGCCAUGGCGGCGGCCGCGGCGCCGUUGCCUCGGUAGCCAUGGCGGCGGCCGCGCUGACGUCAGGCGGCAGGAUGGCGGCCGUGGGGCUGCUGUGGCUGGCGGCGGCGCUGGGGCCGGUGUUGGCCGGGCCGCGCUACCGCCCGGACUGGGACAGCCUGGACGCGAGGCCGCUGCCGGCCUGGUUCGACCAGGCCAAGGUGGGGGUGUUCGUGCACUGGGGGGUGUUCUCCGUCCCGGCCUGGGGCUCCGAGUGGUUCUGGUGGCACUGGCAGGGCGAGCACCGCUCCGACUACCAGCGCUUCGUGCAGCGCCGCUACCCGCCCCACACCACAUACGCGGACUUUGCGCCCCGCUUCACCGCCCACGACUUCCAUCCCCGCGAGUGGGCACAGCUCUUCCAGCGGGCUGGGGCCAGGUACGUGGUACUGACCACGAAGCACCAUGAAGGCUUCACCAACUGGGGGUCGCCCGUGUCCUGGAACUGGAAUUCCCUGGAUACAGGGCCCCACCGAGAUCUCGUAGGAGAGCUGGGACAAGCCCUCAGGGAGAGCAACAUACACUAUGGACUGUAUCACUCUCUGUUAGAGUGGUUUAAUCCACUCUAUCUAGCUGACAAAGAAAGUGGCUUCAAGACCCAGAACUUCGUUUUAAAGAAGACCAUGCCAGAACUUUAUGAUCUUGUCUUGAAAUAUAAACCAGAUUUGAUUUGGUCGGAUGGAGACUGGGAAGCUCCGGACUCAUACUGGAAUUCUACCUCUUUCCUUGCCUGGCUUUAUAACGAUAGUCCUGUCAAGGACACUGUUGUUGUUAAUGAUCGUUGGUGUAAUAACUGCUCUUGCCAUCAUGGAGGCUACUACAAUUGUGCUGACAAAUACAAGCCAGGGACCCUGCCAACUCACAAGUGGGAGAUGUGCUCCUCCAUCGACAAGCUUUCCUGGGGCUAUCGGAGCGACAUGAACAUUUCUGAGUUAAUGGAUGAAGCAAGUAUCAUUGAGGAGCUAGUGCAGACUGUGAGUUUUGGAGGCAACUACCUUCUCAAUGUGGGACCUACAAAAGAAGGGGUGAUUGUUCCCAUCUUCCAAGAAAGACUUCUGGCCCUUGGGAGGUGGCUGGACACUAAUGGGGAGGCAAUUUAUGAAUCGAAGCCAUGGAGAGUACAGAUGGAGAACAGCACAGAUACGGUCUGGUACACUUCUAAGGGACCAGUUGUCUAUGCCAUCUUUCUGAUCUGGCCUCGGGACAACGUUUUGGAGCUGUCCUCGCCCACUCCAUCCCCAGCCACACAAGUGACAAUGUUGGGUUUUGCAGGGACUCUGAAGUGGCAGGAGUCCCCAGGCAAAGGACUGCUCAUAACAUUGCCCUACAUGCUUCCCUCUCCUCUACCUCCUCAGUCUGGCUGGACUGUCAAGCUUGAGGGUGUGAAGUGAUGCUGUGGGAUGAAAGCAGCAACCCCUACUGCCUUUCUUUUAAAUUGAGUCUGAGAGGAUUUUUCAUUUAUUGUUGAAUAAAUUGUUUUUCUCUUAAGAGAAUUUCUCUUCUAAUC